ACUUAUGUGCAUAGAUAAGCACUUGCUUCCAAAUUAACUACUCCCUCCGUUCCUAAAUAUAAGUCUCUAGGGUUCCCCGGUCCUUCCCCGCCGCCACAUCCGCCCCAACGCCGGCCGCCGGCGACGCAGGCCAACGCCGGCCGGCGAACCGGAGAAGAAGCUUCUGUAUCUCCGUUCCCGGAGCACAGGGACUCCGCCUCCAUCCGCAGGAACGGCGGCCAGCGCCCUCCCCAUCUCCAGAUCGCAUGCCACCCGCCCCAACGCCGGCCACCGGCUACUCAGGCCAAACGCGAUGUCCAGAUGGAAGGACCCAAAGUAAAAGCUCGGUGGGAUCGAGAGGCCACCAGAAUUUUCUGUGAGUGUGCCGCUGCACAAGUACGGCUUGGAAAUAGGCCAACCAAGGCUUUAACUCCUGCUGGAUAUAAGGGUUUAAUUGCAGCCUUCAACGCACAGACCGGAAGAAACUAUGUACAGAAGCAAUUCAGGAAUCGUUGGGAUGAUAUGAAAGAUAUAUACUCUGCAUGGGUAUUUUACAAAAACAAAGCUACUGGGCUUGGAUGGGAUGAUGUGGAGCAAACUAUUACAGCAGAUGAUGAUCAGUGGGCUUCAUUGAUUGCGAUUCACAAGCCAAUUAAAGCUUUUCGCCAUGGACCUCCAGAUAGCUUGAAUAAGCUAGCAAUCAUGUUUGAAAAGGCUAACGUUGAUGGACUCUCAUCUGUCAUGCCUGGAGUGGAUAAUGAAGAGGUGGAAGAAACUAAAACUGAGGAAGAUAUACAUGAGUUGUAUGAAGAAGAGAAUGAGACUCAAGUUCCCAGCCCUGUUCAACCAAGCCCAGCACAACCAAAGCGCAAGCGUCCAAAAAGUGCAAUUCCUUGUAGUCCAUCCAAGUUCAAGAAAAAUAAUGUGCCAAAGGACUUCAAAAGGUUUGUUGAUCAUGUCAUACAGGAAGAUUGUGCCGGCCAAACUAGUAAGACCGCUGACAAUGAUGAUAUUCUUGCCAUUAUGGAAGAGGUUGCCAAGUGUGGAGCCUCCGAGACUAGUGAUGAGUACUACAUGGCUAGAAAGUUGUUUGCCAAACCAUCAAACCGCAGCUUCUUUUAUGCAAUGAAGACAAAUGAAGGGAGACUCAAUUGGCUCAAGAGACAGUUUGAUGAUAGAAAGAAGUAGCUUCUGUCGUGUAUCUUUACUUAUUUUGGUUCUUUUGAACAAUUUGAAACAUGUGUUUGCUUGUUGUACCAUGUUGAAUUAUGCAUUUGCUACGUAAAUUGUGCACUGUUAAAACAUGUUCUGUAUGGAUUAAAUGAUGGUUUGUGGUACUGACGGACGGUCAGUGUCUCAUGUAA